UCCCCUAAAAUUCUCCAAAAUGGAGCCCUCUCUGCCUCUUGUAACAUAUCCUUUAAAAACCUCAAAGGUGAAAAUCAGGAUUUUAAUUGUUUUCUUCUCUAUGGUUCUGUUCACAGCCAUGCUGGGCCUGCUACAGCUCAAGUUCUUCAAGUCCAAAGUGAAAGACUUUUAUUCUUUUGAAGUGAAGGAUUCGAAAGGGAGGCCCAUUUCUUUGGAGAAGUACAGAGGCAAAGCAUCUCUGGUUGUAAACGUGGCUAGUCACUGUCAGCACACAGAAAAAAAUUACAUCAUGCUGCAGGAACUCCACAGAGAGUUUGGACCAUCCCAUUUCACAGUACUGGCCUUCCCUUGCAAUCAGUUUGGAGAAAUGGAACCAGGCACAAGCCACCACAUCAGUCAUUUUGCAAAAUCAAACUAUGGAGUAACUUUCCCCAUUUUCGACAAGAUAAAGAUUAUGGGAUCUGAAGCUUCACCAGUAUUUAAAUUUCUAAUAGAGUCCUCUAAACAUGAGCCCAAGUGGAAUUUCUGGAAGUAUCUCAUCAGCCCUGAAGGUAAAGUUGUGAAGUUUUGGCGGCCUGAAGACCCCAUUGAAAACAUCAGGCCAGAUAUAGCUGCUUUGGUUAGGCAGAUCAUUGUAAAAAAGAAAGAAGACCUCUGAAAGGGUGCCUUGCAAAUGCUGUAUGGCAGUGGCUCUGUACAGCCUUAGUACAUUCCUGCUCAAUAAUUGGAAGAGGAAGAGGAAGAGGAAGAAGCAACUGGACAAUUGAAACUUUUUCUUGCUAGUUAGUUUCAUGAUAAUUGUGGUCAGAAAACUCUUCCAUUUAGGAACACCUUUUAAACAUGCUGAGUCCAAGUGAAACAAACAGGGGCACCAGUGUGCUAAGCCCUUUGCUCAAGUGAGCCUUGGAUAUGAUCCCUGCAAAAAUACAUGACUGGCCUAUCUGGUGGGUGCGUACUUCAAAGAAAGUACAAGGUUUAUAACAGACAUCAUUUUAACAAGAGUAGCUUAGAAUAUUUUCCCAAGUCAGUUCUGGCUGUGUUUAUGCACAAAAAUAAAUACUUUUCACAUGAAUUGUAGCUAACAAAGGGACUUUCUAAAAAUCUAAUCUGCCUCCUGGGGCAAAAUUAUCCAUGCUUAGCAUAGUGAGCUGGCUGCCCUUGGGACCCAUUUCCAUGUACUUUCACAGUUCCCAAAGGCUUUGUUGCACUUUGGCUCACCUCAGAUAUCCCUGGCUCAUGUGUAACUGUUGGGAAUACACUAGGAGAUGUUUGUGCUGCAAUACAGCCUACCACCUCAAUUUGGAAAGCAAACGGUACCUCUGAAAACCCUCCUAUCAUGUAUGCUUACUGUAGAUUAUAUUGACUGUUCAGAAAGAAACUGGCCUUAUGUUCCAACAUGGUUAUGAAGUGCUGCCAGGUAAGGAGGUAAAGUCCAGAAAUAAUAUUUGAAGGGACCAAACCUUUGGCCCUUAGACAGUAUCUGAUGGGCCACACAAUAGUUCAGAUUUCCAGAUUCAGGGAUGGAGAUUGUACCCUGGAGCUUGGAAUAGGAUCUCCAGUCCCUGCAUAGCAGGUACAGCUACUCUCCAAGAUUGGAAAAGCAACCCUGGAUGGGCAAGUGGAGCAAGGAAGGAAGGUGACUGAGCCUAUCUCAUACCACCAAAACAAUCCUAUCCUUGCAGAAUAGAGAUCCCAAGAUUUGCAGAACUACAAAAAAUUAGGAAAAAACUACCUGGGGGAGGAACAAAAGGAAAAAAGGUAUAGGAACAAAGGGAGGGGACAGAAUGGACUGGGGUACCCUGGUAGAGGUGUGGACUGGCUAGCUGGUAGGCACAUGAACAGGAAUUCUCCACACAGCAAUAUUUGGUUGCCGGUCACAUUUAUAUGUAUUAUAACUCAGUUCCAAAAAUUCACUCACACUCUGAAUGAUGGGACCCUGCAGAUAUGAGCUGGUUUGAUUUGUGAUGGUUCAGGUCACUGGAACUACUGAGAGAAGAGUGUAGAUGUAGCUCUCAUUUCAGGGACACACUUUUAUUUUAUUCCAUGCAAAUGAAAUCUAAAUGCAUUUCUUCUUAUUUGUCAAGAAAGGCUGCAACAUGUUGAUCUCGGUCACAGCAAGUAUUGCAAAACUGCUGUUUGCUGACCAGUUGACAAGGAUCCUUUUCUAACAAGGAUCCUUUAAGACCUCCCUCCAAACUGAAGCAGGUGAUUGUAGUAGCUUGCUCAUAAAAAUAAGACUACAGCAAAUUUAAGCAUUAAGUUCUCUUCUGCAGGCUCAGAGACAGCAAGAGAGAUCAAAGAAACUUCACCAACCCCAUUAACAGUAUUUUUUACAUUAUUUUGUCUUUAAAUCUGGACGUUACCAACACCAUUCAUAAUGUGAGUCCCAUACAAAAGAAUCUCCUUUAUCUGUACCUCAGUCACUGGAAACUCUCGAUUAUCCACCUGCGAUGUGUGUCCACAAGGCAGCAGUUCUGUGUUCACAAUGUCCUGUGUAAAUAGAGUUAUUUGUACUUUUAGUAACCUCAGUAUGCACCUGACAAUCCACUUGUUCCAGGCAGCAGUAGAGAAUCUGUGGCUGUCCAGACUUUGUUGGAUUCCCAACUCCCAUCAGCACCAGCCAAAAUGGCAAAUGGUCAAGGAUGAUGGGAGCUCUAGUCCAACAUCUGGCCAGUCACAGGUAAUUUAAAUGCACUUUGAGCAUGCCUUACCUGGUUUGCAGACAUGUGAAUGGUAAUGAAAGAAUACAGGAGAAAAAUGGCAUGAAUAUGGCAACCUCAUAACAGAUGAAUUUAAACCAAAUGGGUCUGUGUCUUAAUGUGUAAACACAGCUAUUGUGCAACUUCCGUAGUUGGCUCUAAGGGGUGAGAGAACAAAAAGGGCAGGGCAAUGCAACGGAUCACAAAAUACAGAUGAGUAUGUUGGAGUUAUUGUGACAUCAUCAUGCAGUGAAGCAAUUCAGAAUGACAUCUAGGUUUCAGCAUUGCAAAGAGAGUCCGCUGGCACCAAAUGAGAAUUGUCUGUAGAAGAAGCAAACAUUUUUAACAGGAAGUCACUGAGCUGAGCUGAGCUCCUGCUUCCAAAGUAACCCUUUGGCUCUUAGCUGGGUGUUGCAGUUCUCUCCCACAAAGGAUAAUGUAAAGCCCAAACAAUGCAAAGUCAUUUAAUAAAGUGAGUGUAUUUGGUUGCUGGAAUAUGUGUAACAACAAACUGAUAUUGUGCUUUACGGAUUUAAAUUUUCUUUUUUGGACCACCAGGGAGAGUUUCAACUGAUGGGCACUGUAGGUGUAUAAUAAUUAAAUUGAACUAAAAUUAACAGACAUAUACCUCCACAUAGAAUCAGAUAUACUCUCUCCGGCAAUCUUCAGAAAUGCAAUCUGAUUGAGUUUCCACUUUCAAUAUUAUAUUAUAGCAGGCUUCCCCAGCUGGUGCCUUCUAGGUGCUUUGGAUAACAACUCCCAGAAUUUCUGACUAUUAGCCCUGAUGGCUGUGGCUAACAGGAAUUGUAGUCCAAAAUAUAUGGAAGGUACCAGGUUGAAAAAGGCUGCAUUCCAGGAUCAAAGUAUCCCUAUUCCGAUAGUUGUGAAUGUCACAUUCUGCAAUCCUCUGCUGCUUUUGCAGGUCUGAUGUUAAAGACAGUCCACAUGUAUAGGGCCCACCAUAGCUAUGUCUAAUCUUUAUACAGACUCCAAUGUCUUGCCUCUUCUGCAAUUAUUGGCAUGGGACUCCCAAAGCGAUAGAUUUUUUUAAUCCCUUCCAUCAUCUGACAAUAUAUUAAUUCCACAGGCAAACUAGCUUGAGAUGAGCUAGCCAACUAGAGUUGGGAAGUCUGAAAACAAAUGGAUAUAAGCCACGCACUAGUUUGAACAGUAAUAAAAUGUCCAACUAGGGUAAAUUUUCACAGUACUGCAGACACUGGAGGGUUGACACAAUUACAACUGUCACAAUUCUCUCACACAGAGCCAUAAUAUAAAGCAUUAGCCUAAACAAUGAUGUAAAGUCAUGCAAUAAUAUGGAAGUGUAUUUAGUUGCUGGAACACAGAUUACAGCUAACUAAGAGUACACUGCCAAACCAUCACACCACAGGGAACAGUGUAUUAUGGAAUGAAAUGGGUAAAUUAGAAUAAGAGUCUUUACGUGAAGUAUUAUCUUUUUUACAGUGGACUGAAAGUAUUGCAAGUUUUCAGACUAUACACAGUCUGGCUUACAAAACCCUUCCUAUGGAUGUCCAGUGGAGAACUGAAGGAAAGCAUGAUGUUUAAAGAAACAUACUUAGAUGGCAGCUGUAUUAAUAAAUACUUUACAUUUAUGGCAUUCGA